AUGAUCACCAAAAUUUUAGAUACCCUUACAAGAAAGCAAAGAGUUAUUUCAGGUUUAGUAAUCUCAAAAACCCAUACAAAAACAGCUUUAUGUUUAGUCAAAAAACUUUACUUUGAUAAAGGAAAAUAUGCUGCAUUAGAAUAUAAAAGAACUAAAUAUAUGAUUCACGAUCCAGAAGAUAUUUGCAAUGUUGGUGAUCAAGUUCAUUUUCAAGAAUGUGCACCAAUUUCAAAAAGAAAAACCCACACUUUAACCAAAAUCGUAAAAAGAAAUGUUGCCACCGAUUUCAUCAAACAAAACCCACAAUACAUUGUUACACCAAAUGAAAUUGCAAGAAGAAAAGAACAAGAUAAAAUUAAAUAUACUCAUAUUGCUGAUUUAUAA